AUGGUCGCCGCGUCCUCGCCCGCGGUGUACGAGCUCAGCGCUAUCGUGCACGCGGGCCGACAUUUCCCCAAUGACUCGUCGUUCGAGGUGAUCGGGUCGUUCGACGCGGAGGAGAGCACGACGGGCAUCGCUCGCGCGUCGUCCUCGCCGACGUGGGGCGGGUCCCUCGUCUGGCGCCGCGACGCGGAGCAGAUCAGGGUCCUGCAGUCGCAGGGCGCGAAGCUCAAGCUCACGGUCAUGGACGGCGAGCGCCGCCUCGGAUGGGCGGUCGUCGACGUCCGCACGAUGAAGCAGGCGGCGUCGAUCCACGCCCCCGACGGCGAGACCCCGGGGACGUGGCUCGCGCUGUCGUCGCCGUCGUUUAAGGGCGAGAAGGGCCAGACCGCGCCGGAGAUUCGCGUCUUCGCCGCGCUCCGGGAGACGCAACCGCUCCCGGACGGCGGGCACAGCCCGCGCGCGAGCGUGAACGCGCGCGCCGCGCGCGUUACCAACGCUGACGCGGGCGUGGAACGAUCCGCGGAGGCGGCGAGAGCCGACGCGUCGUUCCUCGCCGGCGUCUCCGCCGGCGGCAUCGGUGCGUUCGCGAAGAACGACCGCGCCGCCGCGGACGAGAACGCGCCGCCGGCGACGACGAAAGAAGUGCUGCACCUCUUCUCCCUGUGCUGUGACGUUCGCAGCUUCAAGAGCACGCGACGGAUGCCGUUCCCGACGGCGUCCGUCGUCGUGAAACUCACGCUUCCCGCCGCGCUGCUGGACGCCGUCGAGCUCGGCGGACGCACGCACGCGGCGGUGCAGCACCCGGUGCGGACGAACCCGCCCGCGCAGGUGUCGCGCGCGUCCGAGGUGACGCUUCAGAACGGAAGCGGCGUGGUGGACUUUGGCGCGGGCGUCAUGGCGCUCGCGACGGCGCUCGCGACGGGCCCGAGGUUACUCGCGGAGGUGUGGCACAAAGACAAGUACGAGGACGACACGCUGCUGGGGACCGCGCACGUCUCGCUCGCGCCGCUGCUUCAAGAGCCCGUGCUGGAUGGGUACGCGCCGGUCAUCGCGAGCGGCGCGAGCGGCGAGGCUGGCGCGCCGAAGUCGUCGAACGCGGCGAACCCGGAGACGAUCAAGGUUGGCGAGCUCCGCAUGGUGCUGUCGCUCGCGGAGAAGGGACCGCUGCCGCUGUGGGCGACGAAGAUGUCCGGGUACGACCGGUUCCCGCUGUCGCAGUCCGCGGAGGCGCCGACGAGGCCGCUCGGCGCGGGCGGGUACGUCGGCGCGCCGGUGACGAACUCGCUGAGGAACUCUUUAGAGCGGAUCGACGAGGCGGAUGCCGCGCGCGAACACGUUCGCAAGCAAAACAUGACGGUGAUGCAAGCGUUGAAGUCCUCGUUCGCGGGCGCGUCCGCGGGGAUCGGCCCGGGCGGCGGCGGCGGCGAGGGAGGGUACACGGAGCACGAGGCGCACGCGCACGCGCACGCGGCGGCGGCGCACGCGCCCCCGGGGGCGACCGCGAACAUGGCGCACGGCGUCGGAGAGAGCGUGCAAUCCAUGGACGGCGCGGGUUUACGCAAAGGGAAGGAGUACGCCGUCGCGUGGGAGCUCGAGGUGUGGAAGCAGUCGCAGGAGGCGAAGUGGACGGCGAACAUGCGCGCGAAAGAGGCGGAGCGGAUGGCUGCUCUGGAAGGGGAGUGGCGUCGACGCGAGGCGCAGAGAGAGGCGGAGCACCGCAGGGCGAAGGAGGACUGCUCGAAUCUCGAGAAGAAGCUCUCGGCGGCGCUGUCCACGGUGGAGGAACGCGAGAGGAGGCUCGUCGCCGCGGAGGAGUCGCUGUCCGUGCGCAGAGAAGCGGAGCGACGCGAGCUCGCGCAGCGCAUGAGCGAGGCCCAGCACGCGGUCAGGCGUCUGCAGCAAGAGUGCGAGCACCAGCUCGACAUGGAGAAGGGUCGGAGCAAAGACGUCGAGCGGCAGAAAGCCGCGCUCGAGGAACGCGUCGAGGAAGCGAACGCGCGCGCGGCCGCGGUCGAGAGAGCGUUUCACGGGUACAAGCGCGCGCACUUGGAGUCGUCCGAGGCGACGCUUCACGCGGAGAUCGCGCGGUUGCAAACGCAGCGCGCGGACGCGGAGGCUGCGGCGGCGGAGGCGAUCAAGUCCCGGGACCGUUUCAAGACGCAAAUUCAAAAGAUGGCGAAGCAGGUCGUCGCGCUCGAGCGCGAGCGGACGUACCUUCGCGCGGCCGUCGCGCACGUCGGCGGCGACGUCGGUGGCGACCGCGGCGGCGGCGGCGGCGGCGGCGUCCGCGCGAAGGUGUUCAAGGCCCCGAAGCCGGCGCCCAGCGGCGCGGACUUCAUGUCCGACCUCUUCGGCGUCGGCGGCUCGUUCGACGCGAAGACGACGGGGGGUCCGCAGAUGAUGUCCGUCGCCGCGGGCGUCGCCGCCGCCGGCGCGGGCGCGGACGACGACUUCCUCGCGGACUUCCGGAGCAGCAUCGCGAAGCUGGAACGCGAGGCGCGCGCGGCGGAGGGCGGCGGCGGCGGCGGCGGGAUCCAAGGGUUGUCCCCCGUGGACGAGGGUGAAAAGACGCGACGGACGAGCGCGACCCGCCGCGAGCGCGACGACGACGACGACGACGACGACGACGUGCGCGCGUCCUUCGACGACGGCGAGCGGCCGGCGUGGAGGCCCGCGGGGAGCCCGCUGCGGAACCGUCACGCCGCGGACGAGCGCCCGCCGCCGCGGUCGCCGAUGAAAUCCCCCCCCGGAAAACCGCCGCUGUCGCCGAUCAAACGCGCGGCGGCGCCGACGCGUCCGCCGCGGUCGCCGCCGCCCGCGCGCGCGUCCGAGUCCGCGCUGUCGCAGCUGCGCUCGAAGCGCGUGGAAGCGCGCGCGGCCGCGGGUCUGGACCGCGACCCGCCGCGGCUCGUCGAGCGCAGCUGGAGCGCGGACGACAACGAAGGGUUGAAGGAGCUGUUCGCGUCCGCGACGGAGUACGAGCGCGAAGAAGCCGCGAGGGACGCGGCGGCGGCGACGGCGCGACCGAAGGACGCCGAGUCCGAGGACGACGACUCCGCGACGGACCGCUCAACCGCGGGCGAUCGAUCGGUGCCCGAGAGCAUCGCGUCUUCGGAUUCGGAGACGUCCGCGGCGCCGGCGCCCGCGCCUCUUCCGCCGAAACCCCCGCGCGGGCCGGUCACCGCGGCGACGCUCGCGGAGAAGCGAGCGCUCGAGAAGGAGGUUCGCAGGCUCGUCGCGGAGAGAGCGGAGUUGAUGGGGACCGGAGCGUACUCGUCCAGCGAUCGCGUCAUCGCGCUCAUCGACGAGAAGAUCACGGAGAUCACGCGACGCGUCGCGCGCGGAUGA